AUGGUGCGGCGCUCCAUGGUGCAGCGCUCCAUGGUGCAGCGCUUCAUGGUGCGGCGCUUCAUGGUGCGGCGCUCCAUGGUGCGGCGCUCCAUGGUGCGGCGCUCCAUGGUGCGGCGCUUCAUGGUGCGGCGCUCCAUGGUGCGGCGCUCCAUGGUGCGGCGCUCCAUGGUGCGGCGCUUCAUGGUGCGGCGCUCCUUGGUGCGGCGCUCCAUGGUGCGGCGCUUCAUGGUGCGGCGCUUCAUGGUGCGGCGCUCCAUGGUGCAGCGCUUCAUGGUGCAGCGCUGGUCAAACAGCAGAAUCCAUCAGCUCCUUCUGGAUUAUAAUUCAUAUUCUCACGGAUGUCUCAGCUCGGAGGCGGGUCACGAACCCAUGAUCUAUCAUAAUGAAUAG